UUAUCAUUGCCUACGAAAAUUCACUCAAAUCACCCAAAAUUUUGAGCCAGCAUCUCGGGCUUUUUAUCAUCGUUCAGAAAAAAUACACAUUUGGCUGUCGGAUUCAGCGAACUCGCGCGUGGCGAGGCAUUGCGUUGAUUGUUCCUCUAAUGUCUCACGCGAUUGGAUUCUCUCGUUAACAUUGAAGCGCUUCUCAGUUUGACUUCUCUGAAGUAGGGAAUUCGUGUUUGUCUCUGACUUGUACGUUUGACUUCCAAUCCUGCCAAAUGAGAGUAGUCUCUUGAUUGGUUUCCAGGUUUCCAGAUGAAGAUAUUGGUAAUUAGUGAUACUACCACUCUAAGUUAUUGGUUAAGCUGGAACUUCUUAAUAUGUGCAAUAUGGGUCUUGAUGCCCAUGUCUGUAGCAUCCUAUAUAAUUUGGAAAUAUGAGGGUUCAGAUUAUUCAAAAUCUGAGAGAAGAAAUCAGCAAGAGAAAAUUCAGUUUUUGCAUGAUGAUAAAGCUUGGAGGCCCUGCCUGAAAGAAAUUCACCCCUUCUGGUUGUUGUCAUUCCGACUUUUUGCUUUCUUUGUGCUUUUAGGAGUACUUGUUGCUGAUAUUAUUGUGCAAGGAGCUGUCAUGUUAUUGUAUUAUACUCAGUGGACUUUUAUUUUGGUUACCAUCUAUUUUGGGUUUGGAACAGUGCUUUCCAUUUAUGGGUGUCACCAAUAUUACAAAGCACAUACAGCAUUCAAAGCUCAGUAUGUGGGAAUAGAAUCAGAGCAAGGACUAUAUGUGCCUCUUGCAUAUGGAGAAACUACAUAUGGAGUUGGAGCAGAGAAAAACUUAAUUCAUGAGAAGAAUGAUGAUUUCCCCAUUGUAGGCAUCUUAGCCCACACCUUUCAAGUUAUUUUCCAGAUGAGUGCUGGGGCAGUGGUGCUGACCGAUUGUAUUUAUUGGUUCAUAAUAUUUCCAUUUCUGACCAUCAAAGAUUACGACAUGAAUUAUUUGACAGUGAUUAUGCAUACACUCAAUGGCGUUGUACUUCUCCUUGAUACAGCCCUAAAUUGCUUGAAGUUCCCCUGGUUCCGGAUUUCUUACUUAAUUUUGUGGACUGGUGUAUAUGUCAUCUUCCAGUGGAUUCUUCAUGCUUGUGUCUCACUUGGGUGGCCAUACCCUUUUCUUGAGUUAUCGGCACAAUAUGCUCCACUUUGGUAUUUGUUGGUGGCAUUGAUGCAUAUUCCUUGCUAUGGUCUUUUCUCAUUGAUUAUGCUUCUAAAACACUACAUGUUGUCUACAUGGUUCCCUCAAUCCUACCAGUGUUUAAGAUGAUCUUUAAAAAUCCAAAACUUUCAGAAGUUUGUUCCACAUUAGUUACAACCAUGAGGUUCUGAUAAACGCUUUCUGGCUCUGGCUGUCAUUCUUGAGGAUCUCAGCUAAGACGCCAUUGUUUCAAGGGAAAGCUGCCCAGGGAAGCCAUUUUUACAAAGCCAAGGCUGCAUUCUCGGCCUCUUCCAUGGAAAUGGGUGGUUUGGUCUUUGACGUCUUUUGCCGCCUUCUUUGUUUUAAUUUCCAAUCAAAUGCAUUCAUUAAUUCGCAUGUGUGUGGCCGAGACAUGUUUUAAUCUGGAAAGAUCCUGUUGUCAUGUUUAUUAUUGUAGUAGUUGUUUCGGUAUUGUUGAGAAAUCCUUUGAAGGGAGGUAGGUCUCAUUUUGGAUUUA